AUGAUUGACAAUACUGGUGUCAGAGAGGAGGCAUCUCACCUGGAGAGAACUCCGAAACAGGAGAGAGCGCAACGAUCGUCGUUGGCAGGGGAAGAUGAGGUGUUCCAAACAGUGAGUCCGAGGUCUCCUCAGACACCGUCUCCUCCUACUAACACAGGUGACAGCAUCAAGCUUCGAAGGUCGUCGGUGUCGCACGGGUUCUUGGCGUCGCCGCUGCCCGGUAGCAACCCCAAACGGCACAGUGGCUCGGAUUUCGCGAUUCAGGAGUCGCCCGGCAUGCGCACUCGACUGCUCCCUCCCACGACGCCCAAGACCAGGAACGCGGAGAUGUUUUUGUCGCCAUCGCCUAAACUCAAGUCGCCUGGUGUCCAAAAAGACACGGAAAGACCCAUUCGCGAGCUGUCGAGCAAUUUAAAAACAAGGCUCAAUUAUGCAUUUGUCAAACUCCAAAACGGCUGGGUUGACAAGAGUCUCAACGAGCUGGAGCCUGGCAUCGACCUGGCGGGGACUGCGCCGGCCCUGAGCCUGCAGAACACGACCUACAGCAACCGGCUUCUGGAAGACGAGGAUUCCGGCAAUAAUUCGGCUCACGCCGCCUUCAUGCACGCCCUCACUAGCCCUCGAAAACAGAAGCGAAGGACAUCGUCAGCGAUAUCCGGGUCCGGGCCUCGGCUUGGGCCCAAAGCCUGGAACGGCAGCCCCAGGAGAGCUCCAGUUCCUCCUCCGAUACACACAAACGUCGUAGACCAGCCCAAGUCCCGGUCCAAGGACCAGCCGUCUGAGGUCGAAGCUAUAGAGACUCUCAUGUCAUUGUCGUCGCCCAAAAAACCAUCUCAUAGGAAAAGUAGAGAAUCCUCGUUACCGGACCCCCCUCCGCCACUUUCAUUACCACGCAACUCUCCGGUUCAACUCGAUCAAACGGUGAUGGCGCUGUCCUCGCGGUCCUCGUCUUCCACCUCCUCCGUGCCCAACACACUCGCCAAACCUUUUUUGCUGAAAAAUGAAGUCGGGCCGGGGCCGGGCCACCAAGUUUUGCUGGAUGUGGAAACAGAUGUUGAAGAGAGCAACGGAGACUAG